CCAGCCGCGCUUCGCGGAGUUACACAACCCGUCGGGGCUGAUCGCGCGCGGCCGCUGCGAGCUUCUCAAGCCGGUGGCGGCUCUUUGCGCUGCCGGGCUGGCGCUGCGCGGGCAUCUGCGCGCUUCUGCCCCUUCCCGGACCUUCUUUUGCAAAGUCUUGCGCUCCUGUUGAAUUUGGUUGGCUUUUUUUUGCAUCCGUUUUUUCUCUUUUUGUUUUGUUUUGUUUGGUCCUUCGGAGUUGUCUUCGCUUUGGGCUUUGGCUUGUCUACUGGGGAAGCCGGAGGGAAGUAAAGAUGGUCCGUUGGCUUUUCCCGGAGCUGGGCUCGGCAUCGGAGGCUCCCGCUCUGGAUGGCCCGUCUCUCCCUAGGGCAGAAGCCCACUAAGGUCCGGCUGGAAGCUUUGGGACGCCUUUUUUCUCUUUUCUUUUUUCUUUUUUUUUUUUGGCGAAGCGGAUUUUCAGCCUCUUCUCCUCCUCCUGGCACCGAAGGCAUCCCCGGAAUCAUCGUGGCCGGGAGCCUCUUUGCACCGCUCGGCCGGCGCUGGGAGCGAGUCUGGAGAUGCCAGGUAAGGCAGUUCAUUUCCUCCUUCAUGGUGGUAAUAAAAUAUCCUUAUCAUCCCCUGCCAGCCUGGACUAAUGCAUCUGCAGGAUAAAACAGGACUCUGUAUUGUGUAAACGAGCUGAUGGCCGAAGAUGAGAAGGACAGGGCAAAGAGGGCAUCACGCAACAAAUCAGAGAAGAAGAGAAGGGAUCAGUUCAAUGUCCUCAUUAAGGAACUGUGCACCAUGCUUCAGGGGCACGGCCAUCCUCUCAAGAUGGACAAGUCCACCAUCUUACAAAGGACCAUUGACUUUUUACAGAAACAGAAAGAAAUCUCCGCACAGACGGAAGCCUGUGAGAUUAGACAAGACUGGAAACCCUCAUUCCUUAGCAAUGAAGAGUUCACUCAGUUGAUGUUAGAGGCAUUGGACGGGUUUCUCAUUGCACUAACCACUGAUGGGAUUAUUAUUUACGUAUCCGAUGGCGUCUCUUCGCUCCUCGGACAUUUGCCGUCAGAUUUGGUGGACCAAAAUAUAUUAAAUUUCCUGCCUGAGUGUGAACAGAACAAUGUCUACAAGAUAAUCUCACCCCACCUGCUCGUGACCAACCCAGUAACCUCCGAUUUUCUAAACACUGAAAAACAAAUUGAGUUUUGCUGCCACUUAGCCCGAAGAAGCCUGGAUCCGACUGAGCCCAUUACCUACGAAUAUGUCAAAUUUGUGGUGGAUUUCAAACCAUUUACUCAUGUGCCUGCGUCGUCCUUCAAUGGCUUCGAGUCUCCCGUUGCACGCACGUUCCGGUCAGUCAGUGACACCCAGGUCUGUCUAGUCGCAACGGUUCGUCUCAUUACGCCACAGUUCUUGAAGGAACUUUGUAACGUGGAAGAAUCCUGUGAAGAAUUCAGCUCACGGCAUAGCCUGGAAUGGAAGUUUUUGUUUUUAGACCACAGAGCUCCACCUAUAAUUGGCUAUUUGCCCUUUGAGGUUCUUGGGACAUCUGGCUAUGAUUACUACCAUGCUGAUGACUUAGAACUUCUCGCUAGGUGCCAUGAACAACUGAUGCAGUUUGGCAAAGGCAAGUCUUGCUACUACAGAUUCUUGACCAAAGGCCAGCAGUGGAUAUGGUUACAGACCCAUUAUUACAUCACCUACCAUCAGUGGAACUCCAAGCCUGAGUUCAUUGUGUGCAGCCACACGGUUGUUAGCUAUGCUGAGGUUCGAGCUGAGAGGAGAAGGGACAUUUGCCUCGAGGAAUCUUCUAUUGAAUUGGCCUCUUCAUCCUUAAAGAGUCAAGAGGAUUAUAUCAACACCCAACACUGUGUGCCCACUAACCAAGAAGUCAGCCGGGAAGGUGUAUCCGUGUCUUCUCACAGUUCCCGCCGAUCUUCACAUACAGCGCUCUCUGACUCUGCAUCCACCUCAUCCAUGCGGCACACUGAUGCCAGCACUCCGACGCGGCAAGCCUUAUCAUUGGGGCCACCGGACAAGGUCUCCUUACGGCUCGCCUCCAGCGGCAACACCCAGGGCAUCAUAACUCCCUCCGACCAUCUUGUACAGCAUCACAUGACACAGCCCGCUGUACCUGCACAACAAACGGUGAUGCCAGGCUACCAUUUCCCAACGCAAAUGGGGAUGAUGCACCAGCUAAAGGAACAGUUGGAAGAGCGGACGCGUAUAUUGCAAGCCGACAUCAAGACUCAACAAGAGGAACUGCAUGUAAUCAAGGAGCAGUUGCAACUCGUGCAUGACUCCAAUUUGCAGAUAUUCAUGCAGCAGUCCAUGCCUUUGGUCUUCAACACUGUGCAGUCCCAACAGAGUCCAAGGCGGCAGUCAACGGGAGCGAUCUUAGGGAACAGGUCAGCUGCUCCCAAGAAGUCCCAACAGCAGCAAAGCAUCAUGGGAUCAAAGCAGUUUGGUGGCGCUCCCUUGGCCUCCCAGCCAUCCUUCCUCAGGGAACCUUGUGUCACAACAACUCAGGGGCAGCCACAACAGCGAAAACAUGUGGGGAGAGGAAGCCAGGCCAGGCCGGUGUGCAGGCCCGUCCAGAUGAGCAUUUCCAUGCCUGUCUACAACAACCCCAUGGUUUUUACUCAAACAGGCCCUCUCACUGUGCCCUCUCCAAUGCCACCAGAACUGGGUGAACAUCCACAACCAUCUGAUUACAACCCAGAUGGAAACUUAAGGAUGUUGUUAGAUCAACCUGUGCAGCCGUUGAUGCCCAGCGCGAGUGGGAACAAUCACACCUCCCAAAGUAGUAGACCGCAGACCAAGUUUACUCAAGAGGCACAGAGUCUGCCUUCUGACGUACAGCUGCAGCCCGUCACCUGCACGGCCAUCCGGCCCCCUGUCCCAUCCCCUGGCUUUGCCCCCUCGGUGAUGAUUCCCCACCCAAGCGUGACCGUCCCACAGAGCCACCCGGCCAGCACCCUCCACCAGUGGCCACCACAGCCAGUGCAACAGCAUCACCUUUACCUCCAGAUGCAGAGUGCAGCCGAACAGGGGCAGAACCAGCACUUAUUCCAGCAACGUCCCUUACCUCAACAGACCACCACCCUGGGUUACUUCCACCACCCCCAGCCCCCGAGCCAUCAUCUGCAAGGGCAGCCGUGCAAUUUACAAGACUUGCCCGAAAUGCAGCUGCCUUGAGGUCUCGAAAGAGAGAUGGAUCAUCUUGCUUACCUUGGGAGCAGCAACGGCUGAGCACCGAGAAGGAGAAUUGGUUCCUUCUCAAGACGUAGGCCAACCAUGGGAACAACCAUCCAAGGACGGGGAAGGAGCGGAGAGCUACAGCAGUGCAAAAGGCAGAUAGCUAUGGAUGCUCAACCUGCCGCUCAGCAGGCGCAGGAAAGGAAGAUCGAGGGAGUACGUUUGCUUAAGGAGCUGUCGGUCAACAUGAGUUUGACGCCCAGUCCAGAACUGGGAGCUCACUUGGACGAGAAAAAAAAAACAGCUUGACUUUCCAGUGAAGAGUGCAAUCCGAACUCAAGAACUUGCAGGAAAUCACAGCCAUGAGCUGCAAGUAGUUGGCACGCUGUCGUACCACACGGUGGGUGGAUUUAAGCUUGUUUUGAUACAGGAUCAAAUUUUACACGCUGAUAAAUUUAGACCCUAAGAAGCAGUUUUUGAAAAAAACAAAAACCCACUUUGCUGUGAAAUAUAGCCAGUCCUGGGCCUGACUGACUUGUUUUUCACCUGUUCAGUGUGCAAUUGAUGUAUUUAGUUUGCAAUUUCCUCGCAACUCAAUUUUUUUUUCUCCCUUAAGGACUUAUUUUUUGGGGAGAAUAAUCGAAUGAUGCUGCUAUCAUUUAUGAAAAACCACUUUUGCCUGAAUAAUUCUGUCGUCGUGCACCAGCUGCUUUGAUUUUUCGAGUUGUCUAUAAAAGAGUCCAUUUGGUUUUAUUAUGAAAUGGAGACUUUGAAAAAAAAAACACCUUGUAUCUAGCUCGACUCCCUAAUUAGCCAAAUAGGGUACAGAAUCCUUAAUGUUUCUCCUCCAGUCUAAUUAAACUUUUGUUUUGGAGAAUAAUCUUGUCACCCAAAGAUAAAAGCAAACUUUGUGGUUUUGCUGUUAAGGGUUAGGGGUUUGGCGAAGUGGAAUCUUGGAUCUAAGAAGUGUCACAAGUCAGUAGGGUUAGCAAUAAAAUGUAUUUUUGUAAAUGGUCAUUUUUUUUUAAAAAAAAUUCUGUUUAUAUAUUUAUGAACUUUUUUAAAAGAAGUUUUUUUUAAAUUCCUCAAUGGUAAGAAUACACCAAAGCAUCCCUUAUUGUCUCUUUUUGCAAAAGGAAUGACUUGUAAUUGCAAGGGGCAUUUUUUUAAAAAAAAAAAAAAAAGAUUACCGGUAACUUUGUUCAGCUUGCACAUUUGUUCUUUAGUCUUUCCAGCUGUACUUCUUUUGGGGAUGUGAAACGGUUACCUGCUGCUAUUAGUGCAAAGUUGUUUCACACUAGAUAUAUCCAGUUCCCAAGCUCAGUGUUGGAAGGCAUUUGUUUAAUAACAGUUCAGGGUCAUACAUUUGAGAAAAAAAACAAACAAAUUGUAUUUAUUCAGGUAUACCUGUGUGUAUAAAACUCUCAGGCAGAUAAAUCACUGUUUUAUAAGAAUCUGUAUUUUCCUAGGAUUGCAGUUAUUUAACUGCAGAACAUGCUUUGCAUGGACAGGUGCGUACCGGUCAGUUUCCCUGACCGGAACAAUGGAUUUUUCUUAAAUCCAGUAUUAAUAGAGCGGUUUUCCUCAACGUUGGCCACUUGGAUCUAACAUCUAAUCUGGCAUCUGAUGCAGUGUUUUGCAAACCUGGGUAAAUGACCCCAUUGGCUUUGCUUGUCAGAAGGUCGCAAAAGAGGAUCACGUGACCCCGGGAAACACCGCGACCGUCAUAAAUAGGAACCAGUUGCCAAGGGUCUGAAUUUUGAUCACGUGACCCUGGGAGAAUGCUGCAACGGUCGUAACCAAGGAAAACAGUCAACUCCCUUUUUUCAGUGCCGUUGUAACUUCAAGCGGUCACUAAGUGGACUGUUGUAAGUCGAGGACUACCUGUACGUGUGUUAUAGAAAUUAGAAGUCUUAGCAGGAUUCAAGGUGAGACAAAUCUUUAGUUCAUUGUGGAAACACAAGCACCUUUCUCUCCCCCCUCUCUCCCCCCAGUGUGGCACUUUCUGUACAUAUUUACAAACAAAAAGGCUGUUGGGUUUACAGAUGCAAAGUCUAACUUUAUAUAUUAGCUGUGUACAAAGGGAAGAAAGAAAGAAAGAAAGAAAGAGAGAGAGAGAGAGAGAGAAAGAAAGAAAGAAAGAAAGAAAGAAAGAGAAAGAAAGAAAGCACAAAAGGGGAAAAAGAAAAAAGCAAAGUUUUAAAAUUGAAUAUUGAAUUUAUUUUGUACGGUGUCAAAUAUAGAUCAUUUUUUAAAAAAAAUGUUCCUAGUCAUAAAGUAUUUUGUAAAAUGGGGAAAAGCAGAAGAAGCAAGAAAGUGUCUUACUGAGGGAUUUUUUUUCGGGGUGGGGUGUAGAAACCAAGUUGGACUGGAAUCCCUCUCAAUCCUUGUAAAACCACGUCCUAGCUCCUUCAGCAGAUUUGUACAUAUUAUUUUGGAAGAAAAAUAAAGCUCUACUUUGAAGAAGCAUCACGCAAUGGCUGAUGGACUAUGUUCAUGGAAAGGGAAGAGGUGCUUUGUGGAUCCUAUUUCACUCCAAAGCAAAAAUCAAAGUGCUCAUUCUUAAAAAUAGCUUUGAGUGGCUGAAUUGAGGGCAUUCUUUACUCCCUUGUAAACAUCUGUCAUAUUGGAGACAAGAAAAUAAACUAGUUCCGUACCAUA